AUGAGCACGCUUGAACGAAUCGCGCGGGAUAACUGCAGCACUCGGUCGCGAGCGGACGCGUCAAGGCUGUAUCUGAAACCCAAAGCGGUGGGAAUUAGCGACGAUGGGCAGGGCCAUCUCCUCUCUAAUAGUCGGCGGGAUACUACAAAUCAGGUCCUAAGCCCGAAUGUUACGCACUUGAUUAGUUUAGAUGGAGCCAGUAGCUUGCCAUUCAGCACGAGGUCGCCACCUCGGAGAGCCCAGCCGGCGAGAACGCUGGCCUCCGGCGGACGCGGCGAGCUGGACUGGGACCGAGCGGCUCUGCUCAAGCUAUCGGACUCCGUGAGGACGAACCUAGAGCACCGCCGCAGCGUGGGCCCCGACAUCGAGAAGCUAAGCGGGUUCCUGGAGGCGGCUCUGCGGGACGAGGAGCAGCAGUGCGGGCGCCCGACUCUCGACAUCGAGACGAUUAAGUACGCGCGGCUCGACAAGCUGCUCGCGGAGAUCCUGCAGUUCGCCGAGAAGGAAAAGACGAAGGCUGCCGCCGCCUGCGCGCGGGGGCGCCCGUCGAUGGCGGGGACGGGGGCGGCGGGGACGAGUUGUGGUGGUGGUGGUAGUAGUAUUAGGAGCGACAAUUUCUUCCCGCUGCAGUUCCGCGUCCUCGUCUCCCACGUUAAGAACCUGUGGCGCGCCUGGAGGCGCCGUUUCCGCGAGCAGUACUCCAUGAUGGACCAGAACCGGUGCGCGGCGCUGGUCCAGGCGGGCGGCCGCCUCAAGGACGUCUCGUUCAAUACCUCCGCGGCGUACAACCUUGGCAUGUGGCAGACGAAGGUGGGCGAUCCGAUUUCCGAGCUCGAAGGGGACCUGCAGUUUGAUCCUGGGCACUGGUGGUUGAAUAUUACCUGCGCCGAGAGAGAUGGCAUGGUGGGUAGCUCGUUGGAAAUGCCUACGAAGGGCCGGUAUUGUAUCACAACACUGCCUUUACUUACGGGACAGGAAGAAUGGAUACGCGACAAUACGUCCAAAUACGUUCGGGAGGGCGAGUCCAGAGACAUGCAUAUCGCCCUGAUAUCACAAGUCGGCCGACAGAUCCGCGUCCUUCGGGGUUACAGACUGAAGAGUGUUCUGGCGCCGCAGGCCGGCGUUCGUUACGAUGGACUCUUCACCAUCAAACAAUACGGGUGCAAGUUAGACAACAAGAUGAACAUUUACCGCAUCGAACUGACGCUCGAGCGGGUGCCGAGCCCGAAGGUGUCCCUGGAGGAUAUCGGGAGCAUACCGCGGCCCUCGCAGCUGGACGACUGGAACUUGUACGAGAAGCUCGAGGGCGACAAGAUCAAGCUCCUGCGGGGGGAGACGAGCUACCUGGAUUGGAAGCUCAGACGCCAAGAGGAGAAGACAGACAGGGAGGGUUGGAGGCGGGCACGGCUAUUCAGAGCGUCGGCCUCGCGGUAG